AUGUGGCUGCGAGCCCCUGCAAGCCAAGUGAUCUUGACCACGACAUCCGCUGCCACUUCUGCUGUGUCCACUGAGACAUCACCAGUUUCAUCAAUUGAAUCUGCAACAACGAUCGCGACUACAACGUCGGUGACUUCAGCCACUUCCGCUGCUGCCACUGAUUCAUCGGUCGAGACAACUGAUUCGCCAGUCACCCUCGGAACGGUUACAACGUCCGUUGUCAUCGAGUCUGUCGCCACCACCACGGCUGUCCCAACGACUGAGACUACAUCAGCUGAGCCCGUGCCCACCUUCACCAUGCUUGCUACUGGCCAGGGUCCCAUGGCGGGCAGAGGUUUACAAACAUUUCCAUAUGACAACGCCGUGGCUGCUUUUGAUGCCCCUCCUGGCGGCGAUCCCGAUUUGAAUGCAAAGGUCCUGCCUUUCACCAUCGACUCACAGGGUAGACUCGUCAACGAUAAAAGCUUUUUUCUUUGCGGACUUUACAGCCCGACAAACUCCUUGCUCGAUACCCCUGCCGUUGUUACCACCUGUCAUGACGAGACGCCGCAACAGCGAGUUUUCCUUACCUGCAAGCUUACUACUGAACUCAAGGUCCAGUGCUCGAUUCCGGCUAUCUCAUGUGUCUCGACGGGCGAUGCUCCGUGGGAUACUCCAAGUUGUCAGGCGGCUUCUGGUACUUGGGGCGUGUUUUCCACGUAUAUAAGGGGACCUGGUCAUGUGCUUUUUAUCGGAAAUGAGAACACCCCCAGCUACUAUGACCGCCUUGAGCUAGGUGUUCAGAAGGUGUAG